AAUGAAGUUCGCAAAAUGAAGAUCUGCUUGGGGAAAGUAAUUCUUUUCACAAGGUCUUUGAGGGAGACAUUUGCCGAAAGUCAAGAGUCCGGUACAGUUCUGUUACGAUGUACUCGGUACAUUAAGCGUUUGUCUAUUAUUCUGCCACUACUUGAGACUGAAGAAAGCUUAAAUAGAGUGAAUAAAACGCUCUUUCAGCUGGACGUUGAUACCAUUCUUUUUGAACUGGAGUGUAUUGUCAAGGAGGCCCUAAAAUCUUCUUCGGGGUCGAAAUUUGCCAAUCAAGAGCUAUGUUCUACUACUCCGGAAACUUCUUUAAAAGAAAGUCAGAUUUGUGAGUUAAAUAAAUUGCGGUUAAUGUUGAGAAAUGCGGAGAAAAAAAAGGAGCUAGAAGCAAUGGGUCACAAUUUAAUGAUAAUGAAGGAGAAAACCUUGGUCCUUCAGGCCUGCAGAAAUCAAGAGGCAGCGGAACAGAGACUAGCUGAGGAGCAGGAUCGCACCAAGGCACUCGAAGAAUGUUUGUCCAACUACCAAAUACAGUUGAAGAACAUCACCGAACAGUAUCAGAAAUUGAAGGAAGCCAGCCAGCAAUUAAUUAGGGAGAGACAUAAGAUUAGGCCACAGAAAAGAUUUCCCCAAAGUUGGAAUGCGCAAGUAGUGCAAAGAAAAAGCAGAAUAUCGACUAGGAAAAGUCUCGUACGGAAGUCGGUUAAGCUAAGUCAAUCGGAACGGGAAACUCUUAUAAAACUGAAGAUCCGUCUUAGUGAGGAAAAAGAGAUUAAGGUGAGAGCCAAGAGCGCAAUGUGUAAAAUUAAAAAGGACAUGGACGACCUAUAUUACGGGAAAGGACAGCUGCGAUUUGGGUUAGAAAAAGAGACCAAAUCAAAUACAAAUGCAAGUCGGAGGUUAAGAAAAAACAGUAAGAAUACUUUGGUCGUCAUUGACAAAGCCUUGAGUGCUCUUUCCCAUUACAACAGACUUAAAUUUCCGGACUGCAGCUUCAAGUUGAGCCGCCUUAUGGAAUGUCUUUAUGGCAACAUGACUACGAUCCGAAGAAGAUGGAUCCGAAAAAUAGGCAGUGCAGUGGGACGAAAACCAAGCUAUUUCAAUAGUAAAACUCGCUUUUUGCCAAGGCCACCAAUAGCAGUUUCUUUGUCACGCCAGCUUUUCUGGGAUAAGAUCUACAAGCCCUGCACCCAGAUAACACCUUUGGCGUCCAAAGCGAGCUUAAUCCCGGUUUUUCCGAAGAUAAAGUCCAAAUCCCUACUUAAAAAGCUACCAUCAGCGCCUUUAGUUCCACGUACUGUGCCGUCCCGCGUUUCCUGUACAGCAUCGGUGCCAAAGUACGUGGGAAAAACAUUCGGCGAUCGACGCCUCAGCCUGCUCCGCUGGUGCCAAGAAAGGGUUAAACCAUACGGAAUUCCCAUGUACGAGUUCAGUGCCUCGUGGAGUAGUGGCCAUGCUCUGUGCGCCAUCAUCCACUCCUACCGUCCCGACCUGGUUGACAAAACAUAUCUCGACCAUAGGAAAGCCCAGGAGGCCUUGGCAUAUGGCGUUAAAAUGGCCAAGUCCCUUGGUGUGUCUGAAUCCGUCGACCUUAUUGACGAGCUCCGCAAUGGACGUCCUAACCUAGAGAAGGUUGUCGAUUUCGUGGAGGAGCUGCAUGACUUUCUGGAACCAGGUGUAUAA